AUGGUGAUCAAGAUGAAGACUUACUGCGGGCCUUUGAUCUGGGAAGUUGUUAACACAGAUGCUGAGCCAGCACCACUGAGGGCUAAUCCCACAGUAGCUCAGAUAAGGCAGCAUGCUGAUGAGAGGACCAAAAGGCAUAAAGCCAUGUCCUGCAUCCAGAACUGUGUAUCAGAUGUCAUCUUCACCAGAAUUAUGGCCUGUGAGACUCCAAAACAGGCCUGGGAUAAGCUUAAGGAGGAGUUUCAAGGCACUGAGAGAACAAGGCAACAGCAGCUAUUAAAUUUGAGAAGGGAUUUCGAGAAUCUAAAGAUGAAGGAAGAAGAAACAGUGAAGCAGUAUGCAGACAGAAUCAUAGCAGUGGUUAACAGUAUAAGGCUCCUUGGUGAGCACUUUGAUGAGGCAAGAAUUGUGGAAAAGGUCCUCUCCACUUUGCCUGAGAGAUAUGAGGCCAAGAUAUCCUCCUUAGAGGACUCAAGAGACCUUGCUACCAUCUCUUUGACUGAGCUAAUCAACACUUUCUAUGCUCAGGAACAAAGGAGAGCUAGCAGAGCUGAAGAUCACCAGGAAGGUGCAUUCAAUGCCAAGGCCAGAGAAGCCUCGAGCCUCAAAGCUCCAAGAGGCAAAAGGCCUUGGAAAAACAGGCCUAAGACUGAUACUGCAAGGAGUAAUGACCAGCCCUGCAGACAUUGCAAGAGGCCAGGUCAUCCAGAAGACAGAUGCUGGAGUAAGCCAAGGCAGAAUCAAUUUCAGCAGUCAAAGGUUGAAGCUCGAGUAGCUGAGGACAGUAGUGACCAAGAAGAACAGGUCUUUGCUGUUUCCUGCUUAGCUGUUCAGAAGAAAUGCUCGAAAGGUUUGGUUCUUUGGGCGGUGGUUGCACUAACCACAUGUCACCAGAUGCCUCCUUGUUUAAAACCUUGGACAGAAGUUAUAAAACCAAGGUCAAGGUUGGAAAUGAGAUUGAUAGAAACCUUCUCAAAGAUAGCUCAACCGCCGAGAAAGGUUAUUCAUUGUGUUCAAGGACAAACAAUGCCACAUUCUCGAUCCAAGUGGAUCAAGCCUUAUGACGAUCCACAAUGA